CAUGUGCUGUGAUUCGCAUGAGAGGAAACGCUUGUGCGUUUGUGUGUCAAAAGAUUUACCAUUGUAAUUCAAUGCAUGAAUCAAAACAGAGCUGCUUCAGACAUCACUGGACGUUACAGCCUACCGAGAAUUAAGACAAUAUGAUUUUACAUUGCAAUAGCGACGAUGAAAGCACGGGCUGCGCGCGUAUGUAAGCAUGGCGUUCAGAUGAAAUGAAAGGCUCUGCGUUUGAAAUGCGCAAGAGUGUGUGUGUGUGUGUGUGUGCGCGCGCGCGCGCGCGCGUGCGUGUGUGUGUGUUAUUCGCGGGCGCGUGUGUUAGGUGGGGAGGUGGGGGUGAGAGACCCCGUCGUGUUUUGACCCCCUAAACAACUCCCAGUCUCCCUCUCUCCCUCUCUCCGGUUUAAAGCUCCAUCGCUCAUUGUAGGGAGACGCAUUUGAGCCUGACGCGUCGCUUCAUGGACAUCGACAUCGACAGAGCGCAAAGGACACGAACGGACAGCUAACUGGAUACUCGGGCCGCUCCACGUUGCUUCUGCUGCUAGACCUCUAUUAAGUGUGUCUGAUCUGCCGGGUCUUGUGUGUGUUGUCCCCCGUCAGUGAGUGUGUGAGCUCGGCUUCCGUAUCGCAUGGAGAAGAGGUAUGAGGACCUGCUGCAGUACCCUGGCUCUGACGGCAUGGCUGUGGGAGCCUAUGGGGAUGCGAUGAGGUCACUUCCUCCGCCACACUACGGCCACAGUGUGCCUGACUCCCUCAAACACUACCGGGACCAAAUCUAUGGUCAUCCUCUGUUUCCACUCCUGGCCCUGGUCUUUGAAAAGUGUGAACUCGCCACCUGCUCGCCGCGGGAUUCCACCUCUAUGUCAAACCCCACCCACCUCCCUGGCAUGACCAAUCACAGCGAUGUCUGUUCCUCUGAAUCGUUCAAUGAUGACAUUGCAGCCUUUGCCAAACAAAUUCGCUCUGAAAAACCCAUUUUUUCAACCAACCCAGAACUGGAUAACUUGAUGAUCCAGGCCAUUCAAGUACUCCGUUUUCAUCUGUUAGAGCUAGAAAAGGUUCAUGACCUCUGUGAUAAUUUCUGUCAUCGCUACAUCACCUGUCUGAAGGGCAAGAUGCCCACCGAUUUGAUACUAGAUGACCGAGAGGGGGGUUCCAAAUCUGACAUGGAGGAUUUUACUGGUUCUUGCACCAAUCUGUCGGAUCAAAAUCAGUCUUGGUUGCGAGACCCCGAUGACUGCGUGUCGACCCCCUCUGGCACCCCCAGUGUUUCCUGCGGUCUCACCUCACACAGUUUAGAAAACUGCAGUGAUGCAGGUGAUGGGCUGGACGGUAGCGUGGCUUCCCCGAGCACAGGAGAAGAAGAUGAAACAGACAGAGAUAGACGAAACAACAAAAAAAGAGGGAUUUUUCCCAAAGUUGCAACAAAUAUUAUGAGAGCUUGGCUCUUCCAGCACCUAUCGAAUCCUGAUGAUAUCUCUCAGCACCCGUACCCAUCUGAAGAACAGAAGAAACAACUCGCCCAGGACACGGGUCUCACCAUACUACAGGUCAACAACUGGUUUAUAAAUGCAAGGCGCAGAAUAGUUCAGCCAAUGAUUGACCAGUCAAAUCGCUCAGGCCAAAGUACACCGUACAGUCCAGAGGGGGCGGCUUUAGCAGGAUACGGGUUAGAUGUUCAGUCUCAUUUAGGUCUUAGAACAGCAGGUCUUCAGGGAAUGCCAUCCCUACCCAGCGAUUACCCCGGCGCCCUCCUGCCCCAGCCGGGAUACUCUCAUGCCGGCCCAUCCCUGCAUCCUUACCCCGGCCCUCACACUGCCAUGCUGCUUCACCCGCCGCCCCACGCCCAUCCUGCUGAACCCCUCAUAGGGCAAGGUCUUGACAUCCACGCCCACUAACGGGCCGGGCGCUUAAAGUGGGCUGGGAGGAUACGUAGAAUUGACUUUGUCCAUCACUCUCACGGUACCUUCAGGACGCAAGCGCAGUCGACUCGCAAUGACAAUGUCUUAAACGCAACGAUCUGGCACCCUAAACGUACAAACAUGUUCAUCGUAUGCAGUCGACUCCGAUGCAAAUGCCUGAAAGACUUGUUACAUUCCUUAGCCAUUUCUUGAAAGUAUUACUCUCUUAUCUCCUCAUGCUCUGAAUGCACUCGAAGGAAUACACUCAUCUUUUAAUUGCAACACUGCUGCGUCCGACUGAAAACCCACGUCUUCCUAAAUGGCCUUAGUGGUGAGCUGAGUUUAACGUUAGGCCUUCAUAUAGCCUUUUUUGCCUUGCCUCCGAAGAUCCUCUCGAGGAGCACACAAAGAAAAACAAACAGCGUAUACCUCCUCGGUCAGGACCUAAGAUAACCAUAUCAAGACGUCCUGAAAUAGUCUUCUGUGAUGAAUGACUUCACCAAAUCUUAUCUCCCGAAACCUGUUAGGAACACAUUCUUGGUAUGUUUCACCCUGGAAAGAAAAAUGCAAGAAAUGAGAAGUUUUGUAUGAUCAAAAAUCAAAUAAGACGUGUUUUUUUUAAUUAAAAAAGGUGAUGUGCCUUUUCCAAUUCUUUACUUUUUUAAAAAGUUUAUUAUGAAGAAACAAAUGUAAAUAAGCCCGUUCUUAAGAGUGUGAACAUCGAUGUGGUGCUAUCAAAACAUUCAUCUGUACAUUUAGAUUUUAUAAAACUGAUUUAUUUUCCUGUAGCAAACACAAAACUUCUUAUUCUGAUUUCUUUUGAAACUGGGGUGAAAUGUGACCCGAUCGUUGCUGUCAGGUUUUCGUGAGAUUCACCCAUGAAAUGUCAGCCAGACACUUGGUCUUCCUAACUGUUCUUCUGUGAAUAUGUUGGUCUCACUGUUAGCAUUAAACGUUAUUUAAUUAAAAUUUUAUGUUAAAUCUAUUUUUAUAUUUAUCGGUAUCCAGAGACUCGGUUACUCCAAAACAUGACAGUAAAGUUACAAUAAUCCGAGUGCCACGGUUUGUGAAUCUCUCAGUUUGAUAAAGAAGUGAAUAUUUUCUUCAGUUCUUUGAAGUUUAUGUGAAUGUUUACCUGCUGAGGUCCUGACAGGCACGUUUUUGGUUUGCUUUAAAGGACCUAACUUAUGUGACCGUGAAAAUUCCUCAGUUUUCAUCACGAAAUACCAAUGUGUUAAAGAAUUUAUCAUUAUGCUUUUUGGACAUUUGUUGGACUUGUAUACCUGAGCUCUUUUCUGUCAUUCUCUUUUCUGCAUUAAAAAAUGUACUACAGAAUGUUGAUGAUGUGUUUAUGAUGUUAAAAUGCUGACAGCUAUAAUAAUAUUAUUAAAUCACGUUUUUGUAUGUUUUGAGAUCAAAACGUGUUUAGUUAACAUCACUCUAUU